AUGUAAAAUCCCAGGAGUUCUUCUACCUAUUCAGUUAACAUCCCUAAGAUGAUUCCACUUUCAUAAGUAACACUCUAUUACUCCCUCUCUCGGUUCAAAUUCCAAUCUCCAGUACGCACUUACCUGUAGUUUUAAUUUACAUACUUUUAGCAAAACCAACGAAAUCAAAUAAAGACAACAGCUUCAUAAAACUCUAACAAAUAAAUUGUUAACUCAAGUAAACAAAGGUAAUCAUUCACAUUCUAAAACACUAACAAAAUUAACACGUCGUACUUCAUCUUAUGUAAAUGACAAGUAUUAACAAUUAUGGGAAUCUCUUAAAUGUAAGACUAUUCACGAACCAUAUGAUGCGAAUGUAUUACAAGAAUUUUUUUAUGAUUUGGUCAAAGAAGAAAACUUUAUUAAUACAGAUCGUUAUGAAUUUCCUAUUCAAAAUAAAACUGAUUUCACUCAUUUUAAAUCGUAUUUCAUUACUGUUUUAUUUCAUGAGAGAGACUUGAAUAAAUACUUAUUUAAAUUAGAAUCAAUAAGGAUGUCUCAUCUUAGAUAAUUAUCACUGAAUUAAGAAUUGAAAGGCUUUUUUGGAUUAAACCAAAUCUUAAAAUCUCUUUUUGAACAUAUCAAAAUAGACAUCACUUUAUAAAAUUAUGUUAAUGAUUAUGAAACUGUUAAAGAUAUAUGGUUGGAAGUCUCAACUAAUAUCUUAUAACCAUAGGAUGAUAAUUAAAAAUUACAUAAAGAGAUUAGAUCAUAUGCUGAAUCAAACAAACUUAAUUAUGUUCAUUUUUUUAAUUUUAAGUUUCUAUUAUACAAAGUUCUACUGAAGCAUAAGAUUUCUAUGAGAGGGAUUAAGAAAGUCUUGAAAUUAUUGGAUAAUUGGAAAAGUACAAUCAUGAGAUGUGAACGAAUUAUGGAACUGAUUCUUUGCAAUUGUACUAAAAUUGCUAAAAGCUAUAGAUUAGUAUCUAAUGUACUGUAUGGUUACUGACCAAAAGCAUGAAACAUUUCAAAGAAGAGCCAUAGAAAUUGUACUGGAAUAUUUAUUCAACAAUGAUCAUCGUUCUAUUAAAAAAUGUGAUUUGAAAUAAUAUCACUGUGUUCAUUAAUCAAUGCAAAAAGUUAUAUCCAGAUUAAAUACAUCUUAAAUAUUGAUUUAAGAUUUUAACUAAGAUCUUGAUUCGAUAUUUUUAUAGAAAUUUUAAAUUAAAAAGCAAUCUAUCACAGAAUUAGGUAUUUAAUUACAAUAGAUUCCAUUUUUUAUGUAAAUUUAUGAUGUAAAUUGUGUUAAUGAUUAUUUAGGAUUUUGAAAUUAAUGUAAAUCGUUUAUUAGAAACCGAACUUGAUUUUAUGUUGUGUAAUCGAACUUAUUUUAGAUAAAAAGAAAUUGAAUUGAUUCACAAAAACAUGAACAUUUCUCAUGAAGUCUUUGAUUUAUACAUUAUGGUAGAAUAUUCAAAUAAUAUUUAAAGAGAUUACAAGAUACCCUUAUUGGAGUACCAACUAAAGCAAUAAUAAACAGAAUAAAUUAAUAUCGAAUGUGGGUAGUUAAUGAAAAAAUAAAAACGAAUGAAAUUUAUUGA